UACAAUAACGCGAACAAAUCAUAUUUAUGUUUUCAAAGCGCUGGUAUAGUGUGUCUCCGAGGUGUAUACGCUUAUAACAUCCAGGGAUUGUUUCUUGGGCGUGCUGCGCAAAGCCGAAGUUGCGUGUGGAGAUCGCUUCGUCUGAUUGAGUCGGGGCCUCUGAGCUGAACACGGCGUUUCUCAGGGCGAGGGUUUAGUGGACGGGAAACAUACUGGCGUCCAGGUUGCUUGCCAAGGUGUAAUUUGGAGGUGAACUUGUCCGAUAGUCAACAUUUCUUGGAUAUAUUGUGACAUUUACAGCGACAGUACUUUAAGCGGGAAUCACUGACUCAGAGCAGACGAUAUUCGUCAAAUGACUGCGAACGGAUUCAAGGACACCAGAUUAACAAACAAGUGUGGCGUAAGUGGGUGAAUCUAAUUACUGGAAGUCCAUGUUUGACACAGUUCGGGCUUCUUAGUAUGAGAAUGAGGACUAAAAGAUCCACGAAGUAGAAACUUAAUCCAGGACCAUACAGCACCUCGGGUAAACAGACACUUCAAAGUACGAAUCUGUGAAUUCGAUAAAAAACUGAUUCGUAGAACAUAUCAGGAAGAGGGAGUGUUCGUUGAAUAGACAUUCCGGAUAUUCGGACUGAUUUCUACAGAAAAGGGCAAAAGGACAUUCCGGGUGUUAGAGAUAUAAUGAUCUACCAGUGGCGUGUCCUUGUGUCGUCUUCACCAUCAACCAAUCAGACGUGCUGCUGAUACCCCACAAACAUAACCGUCGUCGACGAAGGUUCCAGCGCAGUCGUCAUCAUGCCGUCGAUGUAUGAGCGGGUAGUGGCCGUUGUGGACAGGCCGCCAGAUCUACGGACAGACUUUGAAUGCCAGGAGUUUGUGCCUUGGUUUAGGAACAAGGCUACGUUAUUCAAGUCAGUCAAACCAGAAAUUGUUAAAGAUGUCAUUAAGCAUAGCAGUUUUGAGAAGAAUUGUGCAGAUGACGUCAUCAUCCAACAGGGUGACCAAGGCGACAAGCUGUACAUCGUGCUGCGGGGAAAGGUGUCCAUCUACGUCAUCCACGACAAAGAGAAUGAGAACGACGUCGUCGACCAGGUGCAGAGCGCGUGCAGCAAAAAGAAACUGGACAGGUCCCUCCUCGGACAGCACGUCUGGACAUCAGGCGAGGGUCAAGCAUUUGGCGAGGUGGCCCUGAUCAAAGAGGACUGCAUCCGUACGGCGAGCGUGGUGGUGGACGAGGAGACGGACCUGUUGGUUGUAGACAAGGCCCUGUACAACAGGUCAGUCAGGGAUGUGAUGGAACGAGAGUACAACGAGAAGACAGCCUUUGUGGAGAAGAACCCGCUGUUUAACACGUGGUCCACCAAACAGAAGCGACAUCUCAUCAUCAGCUUGAAGAAGGAGACAGUUCAUUAUGGCUGCAGACUGACGAAACAGGGCCAGGCUGCCAAUAAUAUGUACUUCAUACUACGCUCAGGUGAAGUGGAAAUUGUGCUGGACCAGGCAGCGUAUAAAUUCCAGUUUCCACAACAAUGGGCGGAGCUUAACACAGUGCUGCCGGAACUACUUUCCGACAAGAAGAAUGUGUCGGUGUCCCCUCACGAAAUGUUACGCAAGAGGAAGAACGAACACAAGGCCCAUCAGAUCUGCCUCCUGGGGGAGAAUGAGCAUCUAGGUGCUCUGGAGAUGGUUCUUGGUCUAGAGAGUUACAUUGAAACCGCCACGACAACGGCUGCCUGCGACCUGCUCGUUCUGCGCAGAGGUCAGUACGACCGGAUGUUCAAGCGGAAGUACGCCACCCAGUCUGUCGUAAAGCUGAAGGAAGACUUGGCAACACGUCUGUGCCUCUACAUUCACCAAACAACAUCCGGGAACUGUGCCUUCCUCAAAUUCCUAAAUAUGAAACUUGAAGAUCAGCGACUCCUGAAGACGCUAAAGGAAACGAAAAGCAGAAAUGCUUUCAAAGGAAAACGUCGACUACAGCAGGAACACACUGUCGAACCAACCGACUGUCAAGAGGAUGAAUGGACUCUCAUUCUGAAGCGGCUGCACAUGCGCCUUGACACCACGGUGUCACUUCCGGCAGCCAGUGCCACGGAGCAGGUGAUUUCAAAGAUGGAAGGGAGGCUGAAAGGGUGGGUCGAGAGGAGCAAGCUACAUCUACCAGCUUUGGCGAAUGGCAAAACGAUGGAUCUACUUCCGGAUCAAAUGAAAUUACUUGACCAGGCUCUAUCAUGAGGACGGCGCUGAUUAGCUACAGCAUCAGCUUGUGAUGGAUACAGGUUCAUCAGUAUACCAUGUUGUUACUUGUACAGUCCAGACUGUGCCAAUGUCCACAGAUGCCGGGCACAUGCCCAGCCCACUGAUAUGCGCUAAAGAACAUAACCAUUGACUUCAUUCUGUGUGUUGUGUUUCGUCCAUCAUUUCAGGACGUUCUUGAUGAGAACACAGCCUUGUAUUAACGAAUUCCACUGUACAGGAAUCCGAUUUUAUAAAUACCCGAUUUUGCGUCAAAGAUUGACUGGUCUUCUGCCCCUGUGUAGCCAGCGAGGAAGGAGGACAGGAGACCAGUCUAACGUCCUAGAUUGCCACCGUCACAUGUACAACUCUAUAUACGUUCACGGUCAAACACUUGCGAACGGGACUUGACUGAAUAACCGUCUGUGAACACAUUUUAACCCAUGUUCAUUAGUCUUCAACUGGGUUUUUGACGUUAUGGCGUCGGGUAAAUCAGAAACUCAAACCGGUACCGGUUACGAAAGUGGAUUUACAAGUCAGGACUUGGUUGCCAAGAAAUCUGUUCCAUGGAAGGACGACCAUAGUGCCAGUUUCAGCACAAAUCUCCCAUAGCCAAGCCAGUGAUAUUGACAUUUUGUCUUGCUAAGUAUAUUUGUAUAUAGUGUGUACUGGUGUUAAACACCACCAGAAAACAGGUCAAUGCACUGUAUUGUGAACGCGAAUUUCUGUGCUGUGUUAAUAGGUGCGUUCAUUCUGGGAGAGUGAUUCUGAUCCUAGAUUGUAGGAUUAAUGGCAUUAGUGCAUUGAGAAACGUCAAAACAAUUUCAGUAGCGUCGGGCGAGAUCGUCAUCACAGAGGCAUAGAGAGGCUAGUUAUGUAGGGUUUUAUGUAUUUAUUUGUAUCUGAUAUAACGAGACAUGACAUGUAUUGUAAAUGUAUUCAACAGAAGUGAGUUUGGUUUAACGCCGUUUCGAGCGCCUUAAAAUCAGAGGUUUGUCCUGGCUGACGCUACAUUAAGAUCUGUCGCCUCAGAACAAUGUUGUAUGGACUUUGACCAAUGACAUGACUAGGAGGAAGUCGACAAUUAGCCAAUCAGAAAGCAGCUUUGUCAUGGGUUAUUUCAAGCUGACUACCCUUUGAAAAUAUCGAUAAUAUGAAAACAGAACCAAAGAAAAUGUUGGAAUA